AGCAUCUGUUGUUCUGAAGGACCGUGGCGGGGCUCGGGCUCACCGAGCAGGAAAACUUUGUCGCUUAUGUUUAGGCUCCUUCAUUUAGUUGGAGCCACAUUAAAACCGAGGAGGCAGACAAGGAGCGCUCAUCAGGCCGGAGGAGGCGAAAAGUUUGAAACUAUGGAGCAAAGCUGCGUCUUUUGGAGAGAAGAAACAAGAUCAUGAGGGUGAAACAGGAGUUCAUUCAUGCUUCAGCGUCAUUUCCAGUUUUCCCUGAGGUGGAAUUUUGCACGUCACUGUGAUAAAAGGGAUGAAUGAGGGUCGUUCUGCUCUCCUCAGAAGGUGCCACCUCGUCAAGUCCAAGUCUGACUCUCCGGGCUCAGCCGGGGCGUCUCUGUCUGUGGACUCAGGAGAUGGAGUGGCAGCUCCGGUUGAGAAUAAUGGAGCCUUUCCCCUGUCUGAGCUCUCAAACCUGUUCGAAAGCGAGGAUGUCUCCCAGCCGGCGCAGGACACGAGUCAGGACUCAACCCUGGAGCCGGUUCAGCCUGGCCAGUCCUCGGACAGCAGGCCGAACCUGCGGAUGAAGUUCCAGGGCGCUUUCAAGAAGGGCAUUUCCAACCCAAUGGACCGACUGGAAACCACCAUAUAUGAGUCAAAUGUGGUUCCAGGCCCGAAGAAAGCGCCCAUGGACUCUCUGUUUGACUAUGGUGACUAUGGUAACAAUGGAAACGAAGGCAACCAGAAGAGGCGCAAGAAGAAGCUCCCAAGAGGUAAAACCGAGGCGUCGUGCGACGACAGUCAGAAUGCCAACCCUCCAAAAGUCGUGAAAGUGUUCAACCGGUCUCUGUUGUUUGACUGCGUGUCGCGUGCAGACCCCGAGGCCCUCGAGGGCCUGCUGGAGUACCUGCAAAGUCAAGGGAAGAGGUUAACAGAUGAAGAGUUUAGAGAGCCAUCCACGGGAAAGACGUGUCUGCCUAAAGCGCUGAUGAACCUUUAUGGUGGUCAGAACAACACCAUCCCGCUGCUGGUGGAUAUUGCAGAGAAGACGGGAAACCUCAGGGAGUUUAUAAAUACGCCGUUUAGAGAUCUGUACUACAGAGGCCAGACGGCGCUCCACAUUGCCAUCGAGCGACGCUGUAAGCCGUACGUGCAGCUGCUGGUGGAGAAGGGAGCAGACGUGCACGCCCAAGCGAGGGGCCGUUUCUUCCAGCCCAAAGACGAGGGAGGGUACUUCUACUUCGGUGAGCUGCCCCUCUCACUUGCUGCAUGCACCAACCAGCCUGACAUCGUGCACUACCUGACGGAGAAUCCGCACAAGAAGGCCGACCUGCGACGCCAAGAUUCACGUGGAAACACCGUGCUGCAUGCGCUGGUGCACAUUGCAGACAACACGAAGGACAACACCCGUUUCCUCACUAAGAUGUACGAUCUGCUGCUGGUUAAGUGCACCAAGCUCUUCCCAGACUGUAGCCUGGAGACGAUACUCAACAACGAUGGAAUGUCACCGCUCAUGAUGACUGCCAAACUGGGCAAGACGGGGGUUUUCCAGCAUAUUAUCCGGCGUGAGAUCAAGAAUGAGGAAGCUCGUCAUCUGUCACGUAAGUUUAAGGACUGGGCCUAUGGUCCGGUGUACUCCUCGCUCUAUGACCUGUCGUCACUGGAUACAUGUGGGGAGGAACCGUCUGUGCUGGAAAUCCUUGUCUACAACAGUCGCAAUGAGAACCGACACGAAAUGCUGGCUGUGGAGCCCAUCAACGAGCUGCUAAGGACCAAAUGGCAGAGGUUUGCUGCUGUCACCUUCUACAUCAGUGUGUUUUCCUACCUCGUCUCCAUGAUCAUCUUCACCCUGGUGGCUUAUUAUCACCCAACGGAGGGAACGCCCCCGUACCCUUACACCACCUCUUCUGACUACUUACGGAUGACAGGAGAGGUCGUGGUCCUGGCAUCAGGAAUCUUCUUCUUCCUCUCAAAUAUUAAGGAAGUCUUCCUGAAGAAGUGCCAUGAUGUAAAGUCCUUGUUUAUGGAUGGAUCAUUUCAGCUGCUGUACCUCAUAUAUUCUGUGCUGAUUAUAAUCACGGCUGUCCUCUACCUGUCUGGCAUCAAGGCCUAUGUCUCUGUGAUGGUGUUUGCACUCGUCCUGGGCUGGAUGAACACACUUUACUUUACCAGAGGCCUGAAGCUCACUGGCACCUACAGCAUCAUGAUCCAGAAGAUUCUUUUCAAAGAUCUCUUCAGAUUUUUGCUGGUCUAUGUUCUCUUCAUGAUUGGCUACGCUUCAGCUCUGGUGUCUCUGCUCCCAGUUUGUCCUCAACCAGGCAUCGAGUGUCAAGACGAGUGUCCCACCUACCCAAAGUGCAGGGCCCCAGACACUUUUAGUACUUUUCUUUUGGACUUGUUCAAACUGACCAUUGGCAUAGGAGAACUGGACAUGGUCUACAGUGCACGGUAUCCAGCGGUCUUUCUCGUCCUCUUAGUAACUUACAUUAUUCUCACCUUCGUGCUGCUGCUCAACAUGUUGAUCGCAUUGAUGGGGGAGACAGUGGGACAGGUGUCCAAAGAGAGCAAGAAGAUCUGGAAGCUGCAGUGGGCUACGACCAUCUUGGAUAUCGAGCGUUCGUUCCCCGUGUGUCUUCGCAAGUCUUUUCGAGCUGGGGAGAUGGUGACUGUGGGGAAGAACUCGGACGGCACACCAGAUCGACGUUGGUGUUUCAGGGUGGAUGAAGUUAACUGGUGUCACUGGAAUCAGAACCUGGCGAUAAUCAAUGAGGAUCCAGGCAAAAGUGAGACCAACCAAAUCCUUGGGUUGCAGCAAAGCGUCAGAGGCCUGAGGAGAGACCGCUGGUCCACCGUGGUCCCACGGGCCAUGGAGUUGAGUAGAAGUCCUCGACCUCAUGAUCUGGUGGUGGAGAUGGAGCCUUUGUCAUCCAGACACUGACGGAUCCAGAGUUCAGCUCUUAUCAGAUGGCAACAAAAAGUCAUCAGCUGUAAAAGUUCAGGGGACAAUUAGCCAAUAAGUGUGCUAAUUUAGACACCAUGUGCCUUUUACUUUAUGGUGAACAGAGUAUUACGACACUUUUAUUUUGGAAAAAAAACACAAAAAACAGAAAACUGAACAUGUAGAGACACUGAAAGUAUUGCUGAUCACAUUCAUUAUAGUUCAAGUUAAAUCCUGCAAAACACUCAGAAGCAUUUUUUUAAAGGGAGCUGCAUUUUAUAACUUAUGAAAAAAUGUGACAAGAACAGCCAAUGUUUCAGGGAUGUUCUGUACCGCUGCGUGUCGGACAUCAGUGGGCGAUUAUCCAGGGAUUUUUACAUCCAUUGUUCCUUUUCUUAUUUUUAUUUUUUAAAGGAAACACAUUAAUGUGCUUUUCUAAAUGCCAGAUUAAACAUUUUUACUGUAUUGUUGGUGAAUAAAAAAUCAAAUCAAAUCUUUCAGAUUUGAUUUUAUUGGGAGAUAUUUAACAUUUUUAGACUUAGAAAAUAGAAAUCAGUUUGCCAUAAAGAUUAUGCUCCACACUGAUUAGAAUGGUUGUAUUUGGGAUGAAAGGUUUUGGAGCAUAGAAACUGAACAUAUCUAUUUUAUGCAGCAUAUAUAUAUAUAUAUAUUUUUUUUUUCUCUAUCAUAUUAAUUAAAUGUACUAGUUUGAAAAGGCGCAGGCUCGAGCUGCCAGCUCAGGCAGAACAGCUGUCAUUUGAGCAAAAACAAUGCUCUCUGCCAGUUUCUGAUGCGUGCAUUAUUAUAUGAAUACAAAGGCAGUAUUU